UAGAAAUUGUCUGCUGAUUAUUAAUCUUCUCUGACAGAAUUCUUCUCUUUUGGCCAUCUUUGACUCUCUCAACUCCCUUCAACGCCACCACCUUCCUCCACCGCCGGCGAUUUUCUCCGAUUAUCCGCCACCUCUUCACAACCACCACACAUCAAUCUCCAUAACCACCUCAAUUCCCCCUAUUUCUCCCAAAACAACAACGCUGAUUGUUCAUUUGUUUGAGCUCGAACUGAUCGCCGGUUAAUCGCGGUGGUUUUGUAGAUCUGGAAGUAGUUUUGGAGGUUUUUAGGUGUGCUCUUACGGUUGAUUUUGUGAGGGUUUUGGUGUGAGGUGAAAGGUUGAUGUUGCGCGUGUGUGAUUUUGAUUGAUGAUGACCGGCGUUUGGUGGCGGUGCUGCUGCUGCUGGUGGUGGUGCUCCGGUGAUUACGUCACAUGGAAUGGCAGAUCUUGUUAGCUACGGUAACAACGCUGAUCGUGACAUUCAGCAGGCAUUAAUUGCACUAAAGAAGGGUGCACAUUUAUUUAAAUAUGGUCGCAAGGGGAAGCCCAAGUUUUGUCCAUUUAGACUUUCUCAUGAUGAAUCAUCUUUAAUUUGGAUCUCUAGUAGUGGUGCAAAGAGCUUAAAAUUAGCCUCGGUCUCUAGAAUUAUUCCCGGACAAAGAACUGCUGUCUUUCGACGUUAUCUGCGCCCUGAAAAGGAUUAUCUUUCAUUUUCACUCAUAUACAACAACGGGAAACGCUCUCUUGAUUUGAUCUGUAAGGACAAAGUUGAGGCUGAAGUGUGGAUAGCCAGUCUUAAAGCACUGAUUUCAUCUUUGCAAGGAGGGCGUUCAAAAAUCGACGGAUGGAAUGAUGGAGGCCUUUACCUUGAUGAUGAUAAAGAUUUAGCAUCAAACAGUGCAAGUGACAGUUCAGUUAGCGCUCCUCAAGAUUUUAGUUCCCCAGACGUUUCGGUUAGUUCAAACCCAACUACAUCUCCCAAGAGUUAUCCUCCAGUGGGUCCCACCAAUUUCGGGAGAUCAUAUGCACCUUUAGACCGAACAAAUAUGCAACUAAAAGGUUCCAAUUCAGAUGCUUUCCGGGUUAGCGUUUCUAGUGCACCGAGCACUUCUAGUCACGGAUCGGGCCCCGAUGACACUGAUUCGUUAGGUGACGUGUAUAUAUGGGGUGAGAUAAUAUCCGAUAACGUUGUCAAGCUUGGCCCGGACCGAAACAUGAAUGUUUCAACUACGAGAACCGAUGUCCUUCUUCCCCGACCUUUAGAAUCAAAUUUGGUUUUAGAUGUUAGUUUUAUCGCGUGUGGGGUCCGGCAUGCUGCUUUAGUAACUAAACAAGGUGAACUUUUUACAUGGGGUGAGGAAUCUGGAGGUCGGUUGGGUCACGGUGUCAAAAAAGACGUAACUCAGCCUUGUUUAGUUGAAUCUUUAUCCGUUUCCGACAUCACUCUUGUCGCAUGCGGUGAAUUCCACACAUGUGCGGUUACAUCGUCGGGUGAAAUGUACACAUGUGGUGACGGAACACAUAACGUUGGGCUUCUCGGGCACGGGACGGAAGUCAGUCACUGGAUACCUAAACGAAUAUCGGGCCCGCUAGAAGGUCUUCAAGUUGCGUCGGUAACAUGUGGCCCGUGGCAUACGGCUUUGAUAACGUCAGCGGGUCAGCUUUUUACAUUUGGUGACGGGACUUUCGGUGUUUUGGGCCAUGGUGAUCGGGCUAACGUAUCGUAUCCGAAAGAGGUUGAAUCUCUUUCGGGCUUGAGGACAAUUUCGGUUGCGUGUGGAGUAUGGCAUACAGCUGCUGUAGUUGACGUUAUCGUAACGCAAUCUAGUUCAAAUACUUCUUCUGGAAAAUUAUUUACGUGGGGUGACGGAGACAAAAACCGUUUAGGUCACGGUGACAAAGAGCCGAGACUUCAACCCACAUGCGUGCCGGCACUUAUCGAUUACAAUUUUCAUAAAGUUGCGUGCGGGCAUAGUUUGACCGUAGCUUUGACCACAUCUGGAGAGGUUUAUACAAUGGGAAGCACUGUUUACGGCCAACUCGGAAACCCUGAAUGUGAUGGGAAAUUACCCUGUUUAGUCGAGGGUAAGUUGGUAAAUUCACCGGUUGACGAGAUUUCUUGCGGUGCGUAUCACGUGGCGGUUUUGACAUCAAAAAACGAGGUGUAUACGUGGGGAAAAGGAGCUAAUGGAAGGUUAGGCCAUGGAGAUAUUGAAGACCGUAAAAUACCAACGAUCGUUGAAUCUUUAAAAGACCGACACGUUAAAUGUAUAUCUUGUGGGUCAAACUACACCGCUGCCAUUUGUGUUCAUAAAUGGGUUUCGGGUGCCGAGCAAUCUCAGUGUUCAUCUUGCAGACAAGCUUUCGGUUUCACUAGAAAACGACACAAUUGUUAUAACUGCGGGCUUGUGCAUUGCCAUUCGUGUAGUUCAAAGAAAGCACCACGCGCCGCUUUGGCUCCUAAUCCCGGAAAACCGUACCGCGUUUGCGAUUCAUGUUUUACAAAGUUAAGCAAGACCGCUGAAAUCGCGUCUGCUGGAGUCAGUACCAGUAGCAGGCGAAACGUAAAGCCCCGUUUAUCCGGUGAGAACAAAGAUAGGCUAGAUAAAACCGAGUUAAAGUUAGCAAAAUCAGGGGUGCCGUCUAAUCAAGAUUUAAUCAAGCUUUUAGAUAAUAAAGCAGCGGCUAAACAGGGGAAAAAAGGUGAUGCAUUUCUUGGUCGGUCAACCCAAGGUCAAUCCUUGAUGCAGCUUAAAGAUGUCGUGUUAAUGGGUGAUUUUCGCCAGAUGAUUCCCAAACCGGUUAAUAUUCACUCUAGCGUUAGUUCGAGGUCGGUCUCGCCGUUUUCGAGAAAAUCGAGCCCUCCACGUUCUGCAACGCCUGUUCCUACUACUUCUGGGCUUUCUUUCUCCAAAGGUGUAGCCGACAGUUUCAAGAAGACGAAUGAAAACUUGAGUCAGGAAGUUAUUAAAUUGCGUAAGCAGGUUGACAGCCUGAGGAAUCAGUGUGACGUUAAAGAAUUAGAGCUUCAAAAAUCAAGACAAAAAGCUCAGGAAGCUAUGGUGUUGGCUGCUGAAGAAUCUGCUAAAUGUAAUGCUGCAAAAGAUGUGAUAAGAACCCUGAUGGCCCAGCUGAAGGAUAUGGCAGAGAGGUUACCACCUGGAUCGUACGACUUUGAAAGCAUGAUGUCAGCAAAUAGCUUAGAGCAGAAUGGUGUUAUUCAAUCCUCUGAUGUAAAUGGAUACACUGGUUCUAUAUCAAACGGAUCACUGGGACCCACCAAAACACUCACAGGAGCCAAAGAAACCGAAGAAACUGUGCGGGACCCUUAUCCAAAUGGAGUAAGGAUACAAUCGGGAACCCGUAAUCAUGUUGAAAACAACGAUCCCGCACCACCAGAAAACGAAGAUAAUAAUGAUAAUUACAACCCUAGUAGCCCGGCUUCUUCGGUCACUACUGCAACUACUACUCAUCAUGUCGAUGCUGAAUGGAUUGAACAAUAUGAGCCCGGUGUGUACAUAACCCUUACGGCUCUUGGUGAUGGAACUCGAGAUCUCAAACGGGUCCGCUUCAGCCGGAGAAGAUUUGGGGAGCAUCAGGCGGAGAUAUGGUGGUCGGAAAACCGUGAACAAGUGUAUGAGAGGUAUAAUGUGCGUGGCUCAAACAAGUCAUCGGUUUCUUCAAAUGCUGCGGCCCGUAGAUCUGGUGAAUCGGCAGCACCACCAGCCAAGUACUAAACUAAAACCAUAAAACCUACCGGGUAUGAUUGUUUCAUGGCUGUGAACAAAGUAAAGGUACCCCUAUCCCAGUCGGUCCUUUUUUAAGUUUUAAAUUAUUUUAUUUUUUGUAAUAUAUAUUAGUGGGGGCCGAAAAUUGAUUUCAUUGGAAUAGCAUUGUAGCGUACAUAUGUUGAACCCAAUUAUUAUGAUCCCACCACUUAGUGUGUGGGUGAGCAUGAACAGAAUGGCUGGCGUAAAUUAGUUAUGUGCAGGUGGUUAUUAAGAGAUGCACAAAUAACUUGCUAGAUUGCUAACCCAGAAAUGUUGCUCGAACCUUAACACGGUGCAAACAUAAGGAACUGUCUAUGCAUAGACCCAUAGAUGAUGCGUGUAUCUGCGGGUUAAGACAUAUUUUGAUCAAGCAUUAUGAACUCUCCCAAAAUCAAAACCUACUAUACCUUACUGCCCAACAACACACAUUAUUCAUUUUUUAUUAUGUAGAGUGUUCUCAAAUAAAUGUGACAACUUCAUAGGCU